AUGGCGACAAAAACAUUGAGUAAGCUGUCUUUGACAAGCUACAGCCUAUACAAUGCUGUCUCUGAUUCUAUUGCGAAUUGGUCGCGCGGGUUCAUCCUGGCGGCCCUCAAGCGGAUUACUAUUGGCGAAAUAAUCAUCAAGGACAUUACAGCAAAUGAAACAAUGCAGUUUGGCAAGUCAGGGAAACUAUCAACCACUCUUACUGUUAACAGCAGCGCCAUGUGGUGGAGGGUACUUAGCCGUGGUUCUCUUGGAUUCUCUGAAGCAUACAUGUUGAGUGAAGUGGACUGUGAUGAUAUGGCCAGCUUCCUUGAAAUCAUGGUCUACAAUCGAAAUGACACCGCCGACAUGAGAACUCCGCUGUCAUAUCUGACUUCAUCCCUGGUGGGAUGGGCUCGGGCGUCAAAUAAGCCGCUAAUGUCCCUGGCAAAUGUGCAAGCGCACUAUGAUCUUUCCAACGACAUGUUCGCCGCGUUUCUAUCGCCCGAUAUGACCUACUCAUGUCCAAAGUGGCUACCGGUGGAUAAUGCGGAAAGCAAGACUGACAAUCUGGAGAAGGCACAGAUAAGGAAGCUGCAGGAAAUCAUCCAGCAGGCCAGAAUCAAGGAAACAGACCAUGUUCUUGAAAUAGGAACCGGCUGGGGCAGUUUCGCCAUUGAGGCUGUGAGAUCCACUGGAUGCCGCGUAACAAGCUUGACACUGUCCAUUGAGCAGAAACAAGAGGCAGAAGCAAGGAUAUCUGCUGCCGGAUUUGAAAAGAACAUUACGGUUCUUUUGAGUGAUUACCGAGAGUUGCCGAAGCAAGGUCUGCUGUUUGACAAAGUUGUGUCCAUUGAGAUGCUGGAACAUGUCGGGAAAGCACACCUCCCUGGCUAUUUCGCCACGGUAAACGAGCUGCUGAAGAAGGAGGGAGGUAUUGCCGUAUUUCAGUCUAGUACAAUGCCCGAGACGCGGUACAUAUCCUACGAUAAGGGCAAUGACUUCAUUCGACAAUACAUCUUCCCGGGCGCACAUCUCCCUACGGCAACGCAAAUGGUGGAAGCGGCGCACCAAGGAUCAGGCGGAUCUCUCAUACCGGACCGCUUAAUUAACCUAGGCGGGCAUUACAGUCGGUGUCUUCGGGCUUGGCGCGAAAACUUCGCUGACAACUUCGAAUCCCACAUUGUGCCCGGCCUUUUGGAACGCAACGGAGGAAUCACCAAGUCAGACAUGGAGAUAUUCAGGAAAAAGUGGAUGUUUUACUUUUAUUUUUGCGAAGCUGGGUUCAAGACAAAAACACUGGGAGUUACCAUGAUUACUUUUGUGAGAGAGGGGUCGAUUGAUACGUUGGAAGGGCUUGUACAGUAG